UAGCACUCCUCCUAUCCUUACCCAAAUUUUUUAACCUCCUUCUCUUCCCCUGGGAUAAGCAAUCAAUUUAAACGCAAAAGCAAAGCAAUACGCAAACUUUCAGAUCAGCUUCUUCCGGAGAGGACACCGUCGUCGUUUUCGUCUUCCUCUCAGAUCCGCGGCCAUCAUUCUCUCUUCCUUCGGUCUUCAAGCUCAAAACUGUGCUUUUGCUGCGGGGGAGAAGAAAGGAAGAGAGGGAUCGAGCGAAGCUUGCGUUGUUUUGGUGCUUUUUAUUCGAGCUGCUUUUGCAGUGCCAAGAGCAUUGGUUCACGUGGGAUUAGGAACAGAGGAGAAAAUGGAGAGGAGCACUCCGGUAAGGAAGCCACACACAUCAACUGCAGAUCUGCUUACUUGGUCGGAGACUCCUCCCUCUGAUUCCCCCGCCCCUGGCUCUGCCGCUUCUCGCUCCGUCCGGUCUCUUCAGCCGUCGGAUGGGAUUAGUAAGGUGGUGUUUGGCGGACAGGUGACGGAUGAGGAGUUCGAGAGCUUAAACAAACGGAAACCUUGUUCAGGUUAUAAAUUGAAAGAGAUUACUGGUAGUGGCAUUUUUGCAGUCAAUGGAGAAGAUGAUUCUUUGGAAUCUGGCAGUGCUAAUCCUACUCCAAAUAGCAAAACUGGAUUACGCAUGUACCAGCAAACCCUUACUGGAAUCAGUCACAUCUCAUUUGGUGGGGAAGAGAGUGUUUCUCCCAAAAAGCCAACCACAUUGCCAGAGGUGGCAAAGCAGCGUGAGUUGAGUGGUACACUAGAAAGUGAGUCAGAGGUAAAGUUAAAGAAGCAGGUAUCUGAUGCAAAGUGUAAGGAGAUUAGUGGACAUGACAUCUUUGCACCUCCUCCUGAAAUUUUACCCAGACCAACCACUGCACGUUCAUUGGCACUGAAAGAUAAUUUCCAUCUUGGAGAGCCUGAAGUACAUAAUGGUAAUGGUGUUUCCAGUGAGGAAUCGGCUGUGAAGACAGCAAAGAAAAUUUCCAACCAGAAAUUUGCUCAUCUUUCUGGAAAUGACAUAUUUAAGGAUGAUGUUCCUCCAACAUCAGCUGAAAAGCAGCUCAGCACAGCAAAACUGAGGGAGAUAAGUGGAAGCAACAUUUUUGCUGAUGGGAAGAGAGAAGCUCGAGACUACCUAGGAGGUGUGCGCAAGCCACCAGGCGGCGAAAGCAGCAUUGCUUUGGUGUAACUUGUUAGGUCUAACUCUUUAUUUUGUCAAGUGGUGUUUGGUUCUAUGUUAUUCAUGGUGGGGGUUUGAUUGCUAUUUAUUUGAACUUUUCGCUGUGGGUUUUAGCCAUUUAGGUUUAACACGUCAAAGAGAACUUAUGUAUAGACUUUCUGCUAAUUGGCUUUGUUUGUCUAUAGGUUUGUGUUACUCUAUUCCUGUCCUAGUAGAGGUCUUCAGCUGUUCAGAUUUAGUUAUAUUGCAUAGACCAUAAAGCUGAGACUUUUCAGGUAAAUGUUUAAUGUUUUCCCUACAUCCCCAUUAGUCAAGAAAUGGUACCUAGGUUU